GUUUCACCGUGUUGGCCAAGCUAGUCUUGAACUCCUGACCUCGUGAUCCGCCCGCCUCGGCCUUCCAAAGUGCUAGGAUUACAGGCGUGAGCCACCACUCCCGGCCCUGGGUGCUGGUUUUCUUCACCUCUGAGUGAACAGCAGAGGGGUCUGUUGGGUGAGGGCCAGACGAGUUGGGGAGGAAUCAGGGCGUCCAGCGCUGCCCUCACUCAAGAUGGCGGCCAGAGCCUGGGGCUUGAUCGCGUGGAGCGGCGCUUGCGUGCUUAGCUCACAGGCUCCGGCACCGCGCUCGGGGGAGGGACUAUAGUGGGAAGGGGACGCGCGCCUUGCGGCCAGGCCUCUAGUCAUCGUCCUCGCCGCGGCGGCCAACACCAGCGCCCCUGCCACCCCUCCCAGACUGUGGACGGGAGGAUGGAGUCGAUGGCCGUCGCUACCGACGGCGGGGAGAGGCCGGGGGUCCCAGCGGGCUCAGGCCUGUCGGCCUCCCAGCGUCGGGCCGAGCUGCGUCGGAGAAAGCUGCUCAUGAACUCCGAACAGCGCAUCAACCGGAUCAUGGGCUUUCACAGGCCCGGGAGCGGCGCGGAAGAAGAAAGUCAAACAAAAUCAAAGCAGCAGGACAGUGAUAAACUGAACUCCCUCAGCGUUCCUUCAGUUUCAAAGCGAGUAGUGCUGGGUGAUUCAGUCAGUACAGGAACAACUGACCAGCAGGGUGGUGUGGCCGAGGUAAAGGGGACCCAACUGGGAGACAAAUUGGACUCUUUCAUUAAACCACCUGAGUGCAGUAAUGAUGUCAACCUUGAGCUCCGGCAGCGGAACAGAGGGGACUUGACAGCGGACUCAGUCCAGAGGGGUGCCCGCCAUGGCCUAGAGCAGUACCUUUCCAGAUUUGAAGAAGCAAUGAAGCUAAGGAAACAGCUGAUUAGUGAAAAACCCAGUCAAGACGAUGGAAGUACAACAGAAGAAUUUGACUCUUUUCGAAUAUUUAGAUUGGUGGGAUGUGCUCUUCUUGCUCUUGGAGUCAGAGCUUUUGUUUGCAAAUACUUGUCCAUAUUUGCUCCAUUUCUUACUUUGCAACUUGCGUACAUGGGAUUAUACAAAUAUUUUCCCAAGAGUGAAAAGAAGAUAAAGACAACAGUACUAACAGCUGCACUUCUAUUAUCGGGAAUUCCUGCUGAAGUGAUAAAUCGAUCAAUGGAUACCUAUAGCAAAAUGGGCGAAGUCUUCACAGAUCUCUGUGUCUACUUUUUCACCUUUAUCUUUUGUCAUGAACUGCUUGAUUAUUGGGGCUCUGAAGUACCAUGAAGCCUGCAGAACUGAGAAGGAGAAGCUUACAAAAAAAAAAAAAUCCUCUUUUAUAUUGCAGUGUCUCUAAAGGAGGCAAAUUGGUUUACACCUUCAUGUAAUUCUUUUACUUUAGAGGUAGCAAAACUACUUUAUUAGAAAUAGAAUGGCAGAUUCUCUGAUUUAAAAGGGCUGAGUUUGUAUUAUUACUGAUAUGAAGAACAGAGUACCGAUGUCAUUAAUUGAUUUUUCUUGUUUAAUCAGAAUCCUUAUUCUGUACCUUUCCUCUAACUUCUCAGAUUUGUAAUUCUUCUUUUGGGAGCUGAACUAGUGCUUUUAGGAGAACAGAUAAACAUAGUCUCAGCCAGCCCUAGAGACUGCUUGUAUUUGUGUCAUUCUGUCCUGAGAAAUGAAGUCAUCUGAAAAAUAAAAUGAAAGAAACUGAAUUCUCUAAUGUUAA